AUGUGGGCGGCUGUUGGAGGACGCGAUGAAUGGGACGCUGGCGAUUUGUAUCAGCGGCUGAAAAAGCGAAACGCUCGCUCGUCCCUACGGAGGUAUUCGUGGUGCAGUCCGCGUCUCUGCGAAAAUCGGUACUACAACAGUGAAAAAGUCUGCUUAAAAGACUUGAUUCCUCUAGAAUGCGCAUCUGGCGAGGUUUCUGUGCAGCACCCGAACAAGGAGCGAAUUGUCGUCGGUCAUAACGUCAGUUUCGACAGGUCGUAUGUGCGGGAGCAGUAUUUUUUGAAGGGAAGCAAACUUCGGUUCUGGGAUACAAUGUCCAUGCACAUUGCUAUUUGUGGUUUAGCAGGCGAUCAGCGAACCCUGUUCAUGGCGGCCAGGAAAGACCGUAGAACGAAAGCGACUAACGAUGCUUUGGAACACACCGAAACUCAUUCUCAAAAAGCAAGUAGUUCAUCGAAAGCCGCUGAUUUCAAUUGGAAGUGGCUCGAUGAAACGACUACUAACUCGCUGGCCGAGGUUCACCGGUUUCACUGCACGGACAGCGCGGUAGUUAUCGAUAAAAAUUUGCGAGCCACGUUCAUGAACGGAACUAUCGACGACACGCGAGCUGAUUUUCAGAACUUAAUGACGUAUUGUGCGAUCGACGUUCAGGCUACGUUCGAGGUAUUUUCCAAGCUGAUGCCGCAGUUUUGGGAACGGUUUCCUCACCCAGUCACCACUUCCGGCAUGCUGGAAAUGGGUAUUUCGUACUUACCGACGAACACUAAUUGGCAUCAUUACCUGAAAGCCGUUGAGGGCACCUAUAACAUGUACGAAAACCAGAUACGACAUCUGCUGUUCCAGCGCGCCAUCGAAACCUGUCGUCUUAGCCAGUGCGACCGCUGGUUUCGUAACCUUUACGCGACGACGAAUGUAAAUCCAGCACCUUGGAGUGAGUCGAGUGGAGAUGCGGCCUCGGCCUCAGACGAUGCAGCAGCGAUCAUAUCAGAGUCGUUCAAGAUUACGUCGCAAAUGCGCAUCACGCCGAAGCUUCUUCGAAUGCACUGGAAUGGCUACCCGCUGCACUACUCGAACAGCCUUGGCUGGGGCUACUUGGUUCCUGGAAGAAAGUCCAACCUUACUCAGUUCAAGAGUGAUAAAAAGGGACGAUUUUUCGUCACGAUUGGCACCGAAAAAAACCGAAGAGCGGCGAUUUUUCCGUACAAAAAAAUCGAAGAAUUUGUCCUGGAGAAGAACGGUCGCCUCGACGUUCCGAAAAGUCCGUGUUGGAGCAAUGAAAACGAACGUGGUUUGCUGAAUUCAUUGUGCAAAGGCAGUACAAUUGACGAUACUCCUGUUAGGAUGUUUUCUGUCCGGAAAGCACAGGAGAAGGAAAAAACUGAGGCGUUACUGCCGGCUGACCAGGUUUCCGUUGGCCAGGAUGUAGCGUCAGAUGCACCCGCUAACUUUGAUGGCAUUGGACCGUUCAACGACGACGUCAACCUGCCUGGCGUGUGGUUCUAUAAACUUCCCCAUGAGAUUUCACCGAUGGACGCAGUGUCGAAUCCAUUAAGCAAGGGAAUGUUUAAACACAUAGAAGAGGGUCGACUGCAAUCAAAGGAUGCCUCUGAUGAUCUUUUCAUUGCGAAAAUGCACCGUAUUUGCUCUUACUGGAAGAACAGCAACGAACGCAUUACUUCGCAGAUCGUCGUCGACGCCACUUCUUUGGACGGUCCGAAUGGAAAGUUUGCCUAUUACAGAAAUUUGGAUGAACCUCGUGGUUUCGCCGCCAUUUUACCACGGGUCAAUGACAGGUUGGGAAGCGAGCUUAAAGGGCUGAUUCAGGCCCCCGAAGGCUAUACGUUUGUCGGCGCCGAUGUUGAUUCACAGGAGCUGUGGAUUGCGGCUCUUUUCGGCGACAGUUACCAGUCGAAGGUGCACGGCGCCACUCCACUGAGUUGGAUGUUGCUCAAUGGAGACAAGGCGAAUUCAACCGAUCAGCACAGUCUUGUAGCAAACGACCUGGGAAUCACGAGGCAACAGGCGAAAAUACUUAACUAUGGCCGAAUCUAUGGUGCAGGUUUGCCUUUUGCCAUUCGACUCAUCAAAAUGUUCUGUCCGGACAAGAACAAAGAAGAAGUAUAUCAACUUGCUAUGAAACUGUACAGCAGAACUAAGGGAAAAGCGCUGCACAUGUAUCGCUUAUCGCGGCUAGGCAGGCAUUUGGCUUUAAAGGCUAUUGAUGAAAAAGUAGAUAUUCCGCUAAGGCGUUCUUGGUAUCUGAGCCAAAGCGGACUUGAACUACUUAUGAGUCGUUACGAGUUCAAAGUUAGCAUGCAAGAAAUCAUUGCCGACAAGGUUCGAAUAUGGUUUGGGGGAAGCCGCAUUAACUGGGUAGUGCAGAGUAGCGCUGUCGAUUAUCUCCAUCUCAUGUUGACAUCUAUGAGGUGGCUGUGCACGACUUACAAAAUAGACGCUCGAUUUUCGAUUUCGUUCCACGACGAGGUGCGCUACAUCGCUUCCAAGACUGACCAGUACCGGACUGCUCUGGCCUUGCAACUGACCAAUCUGUUGACACGGGCAAUGUUUGUUCAUUGUGUCGGCAUGUGCAGCCUACCAGAGGUGAUUUUUCUCACCAUUGCUGAGUGUUUUUCUUUUUAUAGACCACCAUUAUGAAU